CAGCAAUAGAAACAGCUCACACGACCAUUUACGCUUUUCAUUUUCUUUUAGAGAACAUGAACAACAACACAUACGAACGACAUGAACAACAGCAAGAGAAGAUAGAUACCCAAAGGAAAUGAACAGUAACAUCAGAAGAUAGAUACCCAAAGGUAAUGAACAACAGCAGAAGAUCGAUACCCUAAGUCCGAUCAUGAGGAGCACAAGACCAUUCCCUCAGAUGAGCAUGACAACAAAAACAUUCAUUCCGAAUUAAGACUUCCGAAAAUCCAUCUUCAGAAGCACGUUGGGCCUCCAGUGUAAGGGGGAAACGGGUCCAAGAUGACCUUCAAGAUGGAUCUCCGGAAGGUCUAUCUAAGAAAAGGUGUUUGCUUGUCGAGGUCCUCUCACUGCCUUCCUGUGGGCUCCUACUGCCUGGCUCUCGGUGUUUGUUUGCGAUGCUUGGAGCAGAAAACGCUACCGUGCGCGAACGUCCUGGUUUGCAGUCGGGGAUCAAGAGCAAGACUACAGCAACGAAGUUACGGUCGGAGUCUAUAAAUCUUCUAGCGAUUAUUUUCCUUUCAUGACCAUCUAUAAGUAUUCAUGAUCUCCUGCCCGUCCCGAAAAAGCAAAUUUCAAAAAUUUUCUUGCCGCAAUUGUAACUUCUAAGUAUGCCAAAAAUUAUGAUCAGCAUAGUCCAAGUCCAGGCCCACCUAAGUCGUAGAUAGGGUUUUUGUCUCUCAUUUAAACACCAGAAGGCGAAAGCUGUAGCGCUCUCAUAGCCAUGCCAGCUGUAUUGAGGGUCCUCUGCUUCAGCUCUAACACCGCAGCCACGGUCAGGAGCCGCGCCACAGUUGUACCGCACAGCUCUACAGGUAGCGGGCAAGGAGACAGCACUGCGACGGCCUUUGACUCCAGCUUUUUAGCAACGCAGGUAAUAGCUACGCCACCUCCAGAAGGCUUCUCGGAAAAUUGGGAGAGGUUGGGCGUGCCGAAGGUGCGUAAAUACGUUCCCGACGAUACGAAGCCAAUGCUACGACUCGUCACGGAACAGUCAGGUCUGGUGGACCUCGAUCUCCGCACGAAUGACGCAGCGGAAGCGGAGGAUUUGCCGCGGCCGAUUGUUUGGUUCGAGGGAGAAACUCGCGGAGGAUAUGUGGAGCGGAGAAGAGCGUACCCACCCAGCAUUUCUGCAGCUGGCGGACCCACGUUUCUCUCGCCAAUGAUCGACGGUAAAACGGAGUGGGUUCUGUGGGAGACACCGAAGUCGGACCGGGAGGACAGGGAGUACCAGUUCUCAGAGGCUACCAGCUUCGCCAUCAUCUCAGAAGCGCAGAAGCAAGCAAUCUGUAAUAAUGCCGGCCAACUGUAUGAGGUCAGAGCAGCCGGGGUGCCUGGACGUACUUCUUCUCGUGACGGAGAUCAAUCCGCAACACCUAAGUCACCUAGUGGGGGAGGAGCUAGGCCAGCACCAAAGGGGUUCUCGAAGAAGUGGGACGGGUCAACGGAGAAACGGCCGGCAGUUGAUGGGAGUGAAGAAAUAACACUGAGCAGGAAAGGACAUCCUCCAGUACCAGGAACAGUAGUGCUGCUUACAGAGGACGACGUCUCCGCCGAGGGCUCCUUUUACAGUGCCGUGCACUAUUCAAGUGACCUGGAGGAUGAGUUUUCAAUUUUCGUUGAUGGAAAGUCGCUAACGAUGACAGCUGAGAGUAUCCAAAUGGCGAGAAUCAAAGCCACAGAAGGAGAAGAAGGUCAAGGCGAAUGGCUUCUGUGGAAUACACACGACCUGAAGAGCAGGUUCUACAUCAUCUCGUCAGGCCAUAAGACUAGAAUACUUAAGAGAAUCGGAGCGAGGGCUCUCCGAGGCUGGACUACAAAAGUGGAGAUGCAACAGAACGAAGGAAGCGGUAAGACACCAUCGUCAUCAUCGUCACCAUCUCCGCCACGUGCAUCAGACAAGUCUUCUAGAAGUGGAGCAGAAGCGGGGCCAUCUAGUGGCAGAAAAAGUGGGGCAUCUAGCUGGGGAGGAGCUGAUCCACCACGAGGGUGUUCGCAGGCGUGGGCCGGGCCAAUGAAGGAAAGGCCAGAAUUGGAUCAAAGUGAAAUAGUAACAAUUAGCAGGGGUGGACAAGGCAGAGCUAGUCCAGGAGUACAGCUGCUUUCGAAAUUCGACGUCCGCCAACUGGGUUCCUUCUACCGUGCCCAGCGCAGUUCACUUGGUUCGGAGAAGUUCCCAGUUAGCAGUGAGGGAUCGUCAAUCGCACUAACGAUGAUAGCCACGAGCAUCAGAAUGGCGAAAAUAGUCGACAAAGCAGAUUGGCUUCUGUGGAAUGCAGAUGGCCGUGACGGUGACCAACAGGAGUUCUACAUCAUCUCGUCAGGCCAUAAGACUAGGAUACUUGAGAACAUCCAAAUGCUCGGAGAUGAGUGGGAGAUUACAGAGGUGGAGAAGCAACAGAACGAAGGAAGUGCUAAGACACCAUUGUCGCCAUCGUCACAACCUUCACCACAUCCACCAGGCGGGUCUUCUACAACUAGUGGAGGAGGAGGAGGAGCUAGGCCACCUUGGAGGGGACGAGCUGAGCCACCACCAGGGUUCUCGCAGACGUGGGACGGGGACAAGGAGGAGAGGCCAAACGCUGAUGCGAGUACACAAGUGACAUUAAACAGGAAUGAAGAAGGGACAGCUGGAGUAGUGCUGCUUCCACAAGACUACGCCAAGCAGAAGCCAUUCUACAGUGCCACGCGGUUGUCGUCUGCUCCUGAGAAUGAGUUUUCGGUAGUCGUUAAUGGAAAGGAACUAACUACGACAGCCAAGAGCAUCGAAAUGGCGAAAAUAGUCGGCAAAGCCGAAUGGCUUCUGUGGAAUACAGGUGACAAACUCAAGUUCUACAUCAUCUCGUCAGAGCAUAAGACUAGCAUACUUGAGAAAAUGGAGAAGGAAAAAAAACCUCCGGAACAAGAACAAGAUCCAAAACCCCAAAAGCUGUUCUCGUUCUCGAGAGGCUGGGAGACUGUUGAGCCACUGACCCUAAAUGUCCAGGACGGUCCAUGCUCACAACUAACGUUGCAGCACAGCGAUUCCGAAUAUGAACCACCGCUGCGAAGGCCGCCCGGUUACUAUAAGUGUACAUGGGAUGAAGAGUCACUACUCAAAAAAAGAAAAGUAAGUUGGAUGGACGGCCAACUUAUACUGGACACCGAUGGUGAAAACCUCAUGAUGCUGGCGCAACUGCGAGAAGACGAGACGCAUAAGCGUGGCGGCUUCGAACCGGAAUGGGUUCUGUGGAAGCACGGAACAGACUUCGCGCAUCCGCCUUCUUUGAGUUCUACAUCAUCUCAGCGCUCGCCUUUCUACAUCAUCUCAGCAGAACAGAUGGAAGCGGUGCGUGCGCAUUCCAGUCCAAGGAAUCCGUACGGCAGGUAUCGGAUCGAGGAGGUGGUACUAGGAGGAACAACUGGGGCUGAUUCAUCAUCAUCUAGUGAAGGAGAGCCUGACGCUGAAAGACAGCGACCAAGUACUGCUCGGCCACCUGGUGGAGGAUCAUCUACAUCUGACCAAGCAGCUGGAGGAGGAAGACGCCAGGGAGACCAUCAGAAGGCACCGACAGGACCAGGAGCUGCAGGUCAGCAGGGAGCCUACAGUGCUGGUCCAGGACGAGCGGCGCCGCCAGAUAGAAACUCAAGAAGUGGGCCUGAUGAUCCUGAUCCUGAAAGACCUGGACCACACCCGCAAUCGAGUAGCAGUGAAGAUCGUCCUCAGGGGUCACCACGUGAAGAUGAGGAAUCACCACGUCGUAAGCACUAUCCAGGAGCAAAGGGUAAACGAAGCAGGACUGCCGCGGCUGCCGCAAACAGCCCAAAAGAAGAACCAUCUGGGCCAAAUGGUGGAGCAAGACCUGGACCUAAAAGACCGCAGCCCGGAGGUAGUGGCAAAAGAGAUGGGCAGCCAUCAGGAUCUGGUAGUGGUAGUGCAGGAACACCUAAGACGCCACAGCCUGGUCCUAAACAAUCAGUGGUAGAGGUCAUUCUACGUCCAAAGGCUCAGUUGGAUGCGACUGAAGAACUAACGCCGAAGACGUCUACAACCGGAGGCAUAGUACUCCUUCCACUUCGAAACAAGGGCUCGGCCAAGCCGCACUUCUACAAAGCCACGUGCACUAGUAUGCCGGCUCCUUGUGAGAAAGUAGAGAUCAAGAGUGAAGCUGCGUCUCAACUUCAUCUGCCGAGAGCGAAACGUGUCCGAAUACAACCACUAGUACACCACCAUUCGUCAACAGCCAAAGCGAUGGAGUACGCUGUAUGGGAUCCAGAUCAAACCCUGUCUUCCUCUCCUCCAGGUCUUUCAACGCCGGCUCCUGGCCCUGAGGAUUUUGAAGAUGCAGAAACCUUCUACAUCAUCUCAGCAGAACAACGGGAAAUGAUUCUUCGUGAAACUGAAAAGUCGAGUGACUUUACGAUCAAGAAGCGUAUUCCUUCGCAUCCGUGCAGAAAACUGACCGGCUUGCCCGCGGAUAAGAUAGCACUAUGCAAGGACGAGAUGACGGGAGAGGACGUGAAACGAUUCCGUGAGGACGAGAAGGACGCCACAACUUAUGGCUUUCUUUCCAUAUUCUAACUCCACUGCGACGCCCAAAGCACGCAAAGUACAUUAGCUGGCUAAGCUCCCUAGAUAGUCCGGAGGUCGUUCGUAACCCUAUUCGCAGCGUAUGCUACCUCUUUUGCAUUUUAACAAAUCAACUGAACAGCGCUCAUGGUUUUCUUUCGAUAUAAUUCUAACUCUACUGCGACGCGCAAGUCGCACAAAGUAAAUUAGCCGGUUCAUUUCCCUCGAUAGUUCGGAGGUCGUUCAUAACCCUAUUCGCAACAUAUUCUAGCUCUAUUGCAUUUAUUAGCAAAUCAACUGUAACUGAGCCGCAUCAUUUAGACAAAGAUUGCACUUGCUAACAUCUUGGCUCUCUGUCUUGUCUUCACCUGUAAAUAAAGGCUAAAUAGUUCUCGUUCUGGAGGUUACACAUUCUUCCCGCAAGUCUGACAUAUAAGCAGAGACAAUUGCAUUCCGAUUUUCACGGUCCACGCCUUCCUUAACCUUGAUCGAAGACUGGAACCCCCACCCUCUUUUCAUGAAAACGAUGGGAUCACCGGAAGCGUCAAGCGACGCAUUUUGCUGAGAUGGCACCCGGAUAAGGCCGAGGACCCUGAAAACUCUCCUUUUUGGCGGUCUAUGAUAUUUCAGUACUUCAACAACAUGAUGAAUACCAACAAGAUUAGUCCUCCAGUUCUCUAGUCCAACCAAGUAAGCGCUUACUAAACAUCUUUCAAGAAGAUACUCAUUGAUAGUUUCGCAUGGCAGUUGCACAAGAGCAGAUAGAUUGAUGUUAGAAGGCUGUUGUGGUACUCAAAAAAUACUUCUGGUGACGAAACAAAAGACUGGACAGUAAUCUUUUUGAUAUAUUUAUGUGUGACAAAUCUGUCGCCUCUGGUAGUGGAAGUGGAGACGACGAUUGCAUAGAAACCAAAGUACUAGUCAAGCACAUUUUUCGAAAAAAACGUUGCGCACUCUCCUCCAGCAGCUAGCAUAGCCAACAAGAAUGCAUCUGUAAGUGUAUUUCGAUUUUAUGAUUGUGGGCGAGAGCUGCCACGACAUAAGCUGCAGGAACAUGGAAUGAGAAGAAGCAGCAGUAGUAGCUGUCUUAGACUGCAUCGACCAACAUAAAUAUAAUGCACCUGUACCUUACAACGGGACGAAGACGAUCACAACUAGACGAGAGGAUCAGGCUUCUUGUGCGUUGUGUUGUGUUGUCCGUUAAAUACACAAAAAAUUUGGACAUAGCUUACAACAGUUUUUGUUGUCUGGAAAAUGUACAACAUUUACAAGAGGUUUUAUUGCCUUGCUGGGUUCCUGCAGCCGGAGA